CCGGGCUGCCCGGCUCGGCGGGGCCGCCGCGGCCUGCUCCGCUCCGCUCCGUCCCGUCCUGCCCCGUCCCGUCCCCAGCCUCACGGAGGGCCGGACCCUGGGCCCCAGCCGGCGCGGCUCCAGCCGGGCUAUAAAUACCCGGCGCCGGAUUAACCGAAGUCUGUCCCUGCGGCCCUCCGGGAUGAAGCUGAAGAAGCAGGUGACAGUGUGUGGAGCUGCCAUCUUCUGCGUGGCCGUCUUCUCCCUCUACUUGAUGCUGGACAGGGUGCAGCAUGACCCCACGCGUCACCAGAGCGGGGGCAACUUCCCCAGGAGCCAGAUCUCGGUGCUACAGAACCGCAUUGAGCAGCUGGAGCAGCUGCUGGAGGAGAACCACGAGAUCAUCAGCCACAUCAAGGACUCAGUGCUGGAGCUGACGGCCCACGCGGAGGGGCAGCCAGCAGUGUCCCACCACACGCCCAAUGGCUCCUGGGUGCUGCCCCCCGAGAGUCGCCCGAGCUUCCUCUCCGUCUCCCCACAGGACUGCCAGUUUGCCCUGGGGGGCAAGGGCCAAAGCCCAGACCUACAGAUGCUGGCUGUAUACUCCCUGCUGCCCUUUGACAACCAGGACGGCGGGGUAUGGAAGCAGGGCUUCGACAUCACCUACGAGCCCAACGAGUGGGACACUGAGCCCCUGCAGGUGUUUGUGGUGCCACACUCCCACAACGACCCCGGCUGGAUCAAGACCUUUGACAAGUACUACUAUGACCAGACGCAGCACAUUCUCAACAGCAUGGUGCUGAAAAUGCAGGAGGACCCGCGCCGGCGCUUCAUCUGGUCCGAGAUCUCCUUCUUUUCCAAGUGGUGGGACAACAUCAGCGCCCAGAAGCGGGCUGCAGUGCGGAGGCUGGUUGGCAACGGGCAGCUGGAGAUGGUGACGGGUGGCUGGGUGAUGCCUGACGAGGCCAAUUCCCACUACUUUGCCAUGAUCGACCAGCUGAUCGAGGGGCACCAGUGGCUGGAGAAGAACAUCGGUGUGACGCCCCGGUCGGGCUGGGCUGUUGACCCCUUUGGGUACAGCUCCACCAUGCCCUACCUGCUGAAGCGCUCCAACCUGACGGGCAUGCUCAUCCAGCGCGUGCAUUACGCCAUCAAAAAGCACUUCGCUGCCACCCAGAACCUGGAGUUCAUGUGGAGACAGACAUGGGAUCCAGAUUCCAGCACCGACAUCUUCUGCCACAUGAUGCCCUUCUACAGCUACGAUGUGCCCCACACCUGUGGGCCAGACCCCAAGAUCUGCUGCCAGUUUGAUUUCAAGCGCCUGCCAGGCGGCCGGAUCAACUGCCCAUGGAAGGUGCCUCCCCGAGCCAUCACGGAUGCCAACGUGGCAGAGCGAGCCCAGCUGCUGCUGGACCAGUACCGCAAGAAGUCCAAGCUGUACCGCAGCAAGGUGUUGCUGGUGCCCCUGGGAGAUGAUUUCCGCUACGACAAGCCGCAGGAGUGGGAUGCCCAGUUCCUCAACUAUCAGCGCAUCUUUGACUUCCUUAACUCCCGGCCCAACCUCCAUGUCCAGGCGCAGUUUGGGACGCUCUCCGACUACUUCGAUGCCCUGUACAAGAGGAUGGGCAUUGUGCCGGGGAUGAAACCACCUGGGUUCCCAGUGCUGAGUGGGGAUUUCUUCUCCUAUGCGGACCGGGAGGAUCACUACUGGACAGGCUACUUCACCUCCCGGCCCUUCUACAAGAGCCUGGACCGGGUGCUGGAGGCCCAUCUCCGGGGGGCAGAGAUCCUGUAUAGUCUGGCACUCGCCCACGCCCGCCGCGCCGGUGCCGAGGGCCGGUACCCGCUCUCCGACUACUCCCUGCUGAGCAACGCCCGCCGUAACCUGGGCCUCUUCCAGCACCACGACGCCAUCACUGGCACCGCCAAGGAGGCCGUGGCGGUUGACUACGGAGUCCGGCUGCUCCACUCCCUCACCAACCUCAAGCGGGUAAUCAUCAACGCUGCACAUUACCUGGUGCUGGGGGACAAGGACACCUACCACCACGACCCCGCUGCACCCUUCCUCAGCAUGGAUGACACACGCCCCAGCCAGGACUCCCUCCCAGAGAGAACAGUGGUCAAACUGGACACCUCACCUCGGUUCCUGGUGGUGUUCAACCCACUGGAGCAGGAGCGCCUGAGCCUCGUGCCGGUGCUGGUGGACUCCCCACAUGUGCGUGUUCUCUCCGAGGAGGGGCAGCCCCUGCCUUCCCAGCUCACUGCCCACUGGGGCUCCGCCACCGACAUGGUGCCCGACAUCUACCAGGUGUCUGUUCUGGCCCGCUUGCCUGCGCUGGGGCUGCGUGUGCUGCAGCUGCACAAGUCCUUCAACGGCCACCCCCCUUUGAAGUCCUCCGUGCGCCUCUACCUGCAUGGCCGGGACUUGCCCGUGCGCAAGCAGGAGGCUGUCCCCGUGCACGUCUUGCCAUCCACCGCCGAUGACUUCUGCCUGGAGAACCAGCACCUGCAGGCCUGCUUCUCGGGGCGCUCAGGCCUGCUGCAGAGCAUCCGCCGAGCCGGGGAGGAGCGGGAGCACAGGGUGAGCAGCGAGUUCCUCAUCUACGGCACCAGGACCUCCAAGGACAAAAGCGGAGCCUAUCUCUUUCUGCCCGACGGCGAGGCCAAGCCCUACGCCCCCAAGGACCCCCCAGUAGUGCGUGUGACGGAGGGAGCCCUCUUCUCAGAGGUCGCCAGCUACUACCAGCACGUCCAGACUGUGGUGCGGCUUUACAAUGUGCCAGGGGUGGAGGGCCUGUCCCUGGACAUGUCUUGCUUGGUGGACAUCCGUGACCACAUCAACAAGGAGCUGGCCUUACGCUUCAGCACAGACAUCGAGAGUGAUGACACCUUUUUCACAGACCUCAAUGGUUUCCAGAUCCAGCCCCGCAGGUACCAGCGUAAGCUGCCGCUGCAGGCCAACUUCUACCCCAUGCCUGUCAUGGCCUACAUCCAGGACAUGCAGAGCCGUCUGACGCUGCACACAGCCCAGGCCCUGGGGGUCUCCAGCCUCGGCAGCGGCCAGCUGGAGGUGAUCCUGGACCGGCGCCUCAUGCAGGAUGACAACCGGGGCCUGGGCCAAGGGCUGAAGGACAACAAGCGGACCUGCAACCGGUUUCGGCUCCUCCUGGAGCGCCGUGCCGCUGCCAACAAGAGCUCCGGCUUCUUUUCCAAACUGGCCUCCGUGUUUAAAGCCUUGGGCUUCCCCGGCGCCAGGACUGGCAGCCCAGAGGUGCAGGACAGCCGCCCCAUCAGCUUCCCCUCCCUGCUGAGCCACAUCACCUCCAUGCACCUCAACGCCGAAGCCCUGGUCAUGCCCGUGGCCCAGGAGAAGCUGGCCCCGCCAGCCCUGCGCUCCUUCAUGCCCCUUUCCACCACCCUCCCUUGCGACUUCCACAUCCUUAACCUGCGGAUGCUGCAGGCAGAGCAGGAUGACUUGCUUCCCUCUGCUGAGGCGGCCCUGAUCCUGCACCGCAAAGGCUUUGACUGCAGCCUGGAGGCCAAGAACCUGGGCUUUAACUGCACCACCAGCCAGGGCAAGCUGGCCCUGGGCAGCCUGUUCCAGGGGCUGGAGCUUGGCUCCCUGCAACCCACCUCGCUGACCUUGAUGUACCCGCUGGGCACAGCCUCCAACAGCACCAACAUCCGCCUGGAUCCCAUGGAAAUCGCCACUUUCCGCGUCCGCCUGGGGUAGCGUCUCUGGGAGCGGGAGAGGAGCAGACUGGCCGGGCAGCACGGGAGCUGCUGAGCCCAGCAGGACCAGCACAGCCCGGCAGAGGCUGGGCCAGUGGGCCCAUGCCCAGCAGGCGGGCGCUGAGCAGGAGGUGCCAGGCUUGCAAAGGCUGCUGCCUUCUAAUUUAUUAGUCCUGUGUUCUCAGAUAGAUUUCGGAAGUGAACUGUGGAGGCUGCCGGGUGCUGCCUGGGUGCAGAGGGCAUGGGUCGGGCACUGCUCCGAGCAGAGCACGGCUGGCUGGGGCACGGGCCAGGCUCUGCCACUGCCGGCAGGAUGGGCACGGCUGCCCCGGGAGGGUGCCAGCCCCCCGUGUCCAGGGGCAGGGGCCUGAGCCGGUGCCUGGGCUCCCCCUGACCCUCGGGGCAGCACGGGAGCUGCCAGGAGCCCAGUGGGGUGGAGGCAGCUGGCGGCGCAGUGCUGUGGACUGGAGAUUGAGCUCCCCUGGAGUUUGUAGGAAACACCGGGCUGUUUCAAAAGG